AUGAGGUCUCUUUUACCCCUAUGUCUCUUGACGUCUUUCGCGGCCGCUUUAUGGCCGAAGCCCGUCUCAUAUGAGAACGGCAAGACUGUUCUUUUUAUCGCAGAGGACGUGCCCUUUAACUGGUACCAAACGGGGACAGAUAACAAAACAGUAUCGUUGAAGAAGACCAUCACCAAGCCAGACUCAAGUGAUGGAGCAGGAGAUGGAGGUGUAUCAGGAGACGAUAUUGUCAACUUCGCUAUCAGCUCUACCUGGCAAACUCUUUUCAAGCGCAACCUUUACCCAUGGAAGUUCCACCCGCGUAAUUGGUCUGAGCCCAAACCAGACGGUGCAGGCUCCGUAACUCGCAUUGACGUCAGGGUGCUCUCCGCCAAUCCUGACAGCAUUGGAAAGCCGCUCGCGGGAGAAGUUGACGAGUCCUACAGCCUCACGCUGACAGAAGAUGGAGUGGCAACCAUCAGCGCAAACAGCAGUGUCGGCGCUGCCCAUGGCCUUACUACCUUGACGCAACUCUUCUUUGCCCACUCUGAUAAGCAACAUGUGUACACGAAUCUCGCCCCGGUCAAGAUUACAGACAGCCCCAAAUUUCAACACCGCGGUAUCAACCUCGAUACAUCUCGCGCUGCCUUUUCCGUAGACGAUGUCAAACGCCAAAUUGACGCAUGUGCAUACAACAAGAUGAAUCGAUUCCAUCUACACGUCACAGACAGCCAGUCAUGGCCAUUAGAAGUACCCUCGAUACCGGAGCUAUCAGCCAAAGGAGCCUACCGCCCCGACCUAGUCUUCACAGCCAGCGACUUCCAAACCAUGCAACGCUACGCCGCCAUCCAAGGCGUAGAAAUGAUCACGGAAAUCGACAUGCCAGGCCACACGGCCAGCAUCGCCUACAGCUUCCCUGAACUAAUUACCGCUUUCAACAUCCAGCCAAACUGGGACACUUACGCAGCCGAACCUCCCACUGGUACCUUGAAGCUAAACUCACCCAAGGUGUCAGAAUUUUUGAACAAGCUGCUCGACGACGUGCUACCCCGUGUAUCUCCUUACUCGGCUUACUUCCACACCGGCGGCGAUGAAGUCAAUAAGAACGCGUAUACAUUGGACGAGACGGUCAAGAGCAAUGACACGGCCAUCCUACAGCCCCUGAUGCAAAAGUUCGUAGACCGCAACCAUGACCAAGUCCGCAAGCUAGGUCUUACUCCAGUAGUCUGGGAGGAAAUGCUGCUUGACUGGAACGUUACACUCGGCAAAGACGUCAUCGUUCAGUCUUGGCAGAGCGACGCUGCAGUCGCCCAAAUCACAGCAAAGGGUCAUAAAGUGCUUGUUGGAAACUACAACUAUUGGUACCUAGACUGCGGCAAAGGCCAAUGGCUAAACUUCGACCCCUCCGUCGCCGCCUCAUCCUACCCCUACCAAGACUACUGCGCCCCCUUCCACAACUGGCGCUUAAUCUACUCCUACGACCCCCUCGCCGGCGUUGCCCCGGAGAACCAGCACCUCGUUCUCGGAGGCGAGGCUCACAUGUGGUCCGAACAGACUGACCCCGUAAACGUCGAUCGCAUGAUCUGGCCGCGUGCUGCGGCGGCCGCGGAGAUUCUGUGGUCGGGCUGA